AUUUUUGACAAUUCAAAGUAAACAUAAACAGAGGACCAAAACAUGCCGUACGAUAAUAAGCGCAUAAAUGGACCGGAUUCCUCCAUAUCCUACCAAUAUCACUCGAAAGCCAACUUAAAGACAUACGAAGACAAGCUCAAAGAGCUGUUUCAGCAGGAAAAUGAAUUGCGGGUCGAUGGUCGUCGAAAUACGGAAGCACGGAAGAUGUUUCUUAAAUCCGGAGUUAUUUCGCAAGCAAAAGGAUCCGCUUACAUAGAGCUGGGAAACACUAAAGUCAUUGUUGCAGUUUAUGAUCCCAGAGAGAUACCAAAGCAAAACAAAUACAGUGCUCUCGGUGAAUUAUUUUGUGAUUUCAAGUUCUCGUCAUUCGCUAGCAAAAAACGUCGCUCACCGCAAACCGACUCCGAAGAACAAUCAUUGGCUUUAUCGAUGAAACGGUCACUGAUGCCCGUUGUAUGCCGGCAUGAAUUUCCCAAUUUUCAAGUCGACAUCUUUGCCAAUGUAAUUCAAGACGAUGGUUCGGUGCUUGGUGCCGCAAUUACGUGCGCCGGUUUAGCCUUAGCUGAUGCUGGAAUUCCUAUGUACGAUAUCAUCACGUCCACAACGGUCGGAAUUAUCGACAACAAAAUCAUAUUGGAUCCGAAUGCAGCCGAAGAAGAUGUCUGUAACAAUGGAUUCGGUGACCAGGAGCAUGGAAUUAUCGUGAUGAGUCGACUGUCCACUCAUGAUCAAAUAUCCGAGCUAUGGCAAUCGGGAUUUAUCCACUUGGAUACGUUGCAGUCGGCAAACAAGCUACUGCUGGAGACUACACAAGAGAUCGUGCCGAUUAUCAAGAAAAUUUUAGUGAAAAAAAUUGUCAAAUCAAUCAAAGAGACGGAACGAAAUGACGAGAGUGCGAAGUAAUAAAAAACAAAAAAUUUUAUGAGAAAUACCACA